CAGGUAUGUUCCAUACCCUACCAACCUUGAACACCUACAAGUACCUAGGGUAGUUCAGGUAAGGUCAGCAUAAUUGCAUCUCCAGAAGACUGCCUCGAAUACACAAGCAUACAACAAAAAAAGCCGUUGGUCCUUUUCUUUCUUACCCCGGAGUAUUCCUUCUUCUGAGUUCCAGGAGGCGGGCGAUCCUUCACUUACAAGAGAGUUCGCAAGUGGAUUAGAAGUUCGGGAGAAACUUUACCACAUCAUAUCCAACAAAGCAAUGGCGACGCGGAACGUGAGCGGUUCACAGGUGCGACAGAGCAUGGCCACUAGUGGAAGUGCUGUCAAGACACGACAACUCGCACAACUAAACUCUCAACUCGCACAGUUGUCAUCAAAUCUGUCCGACACCGAGAACUUGCUACGGAUGACAAGUGUCCAAGCAGAAGCUAUGCGUGGACUUGGUAGUUGGCAUGGAGGUUUGUUCAUGGCAGCAAGCAAGGUCUUGGGAGAGGAAAGUGUCAAAGAAGCUGGACAGCCAGGAAAGUAAUAAUCGACUAGUCAAUCUGGAAGAGGCAGGAAAGGGAUAUUUUGACAAGGGAUGGCGAGAAUGCAGCAUGAGUUAUGUUCUAUUAGGCGUAUCGAAAAUCGCUUUCAAACCGCUUUUGUCAAGAAGACGUCCUCUCAGCAAGGGAUUAUGUUUCCAGCUGACUGAUAUGUAAAGAGCUUGGU